AUGAAUCUAAAUUCACAUUUCUAAUUUUAUUUCUAAAUUUAAUUCAUUGGGUUUAUGAUUAAAAUGUAUUUAGUUUUUGAAUUAAUCAUAUUACUUUUCAACCAACUUAAAUUUUACAAAUUAAAAGAAUUAUAAAAUGUAAGAUUAUUUUUUCAAGAAUCUAAGACUUUCAUAUUUCAUUAUAGGUAUCACUUUCGGGGUUUUUGUGUAUAAUCAAAAAUUGCUUAUGGAAUUUUUGAUGCAGAAUUUAUUUUUCUUUGA